AUGGACUCAAGCAACAGGACAAGAGUCUCAGAAUUUCUUCUUCUUGGAUUUGUAGAAAACAAAGACCUGCAACCCCUUAUUUAUGGUCUUUUUCUCUCUAUGUACCUGGUUACUGUCAUUGGAAACAUAUCCAUUAUCUUGGCCAUCAUUUCAGGUCCCUGUCUGCACACCCCCAUGUAUUUCUUCCUCUCUAACCUGUCCUUUGUGGACAUCUGUUUCAUUUCAACCACUGUUCCAAAGAUGUUAGUGAACAUCCAGACCCAAAACAACGUCAUCACCUAUGCAGGAUGCAUUACCCAGAUAUACUUUUUCUUGCUCUUUGUAGAAUUGGACAACUUCUUGCUGACUAUCAUGGCCUAUGACCGUUAUGUGGCCAUCUGUCACCCCAUGCACUACACAGUUAUCAUGAACCACAAGCUCUGUGGAUUUCUGGUUCUGGUAUCUUGGAUUGUAAGUGUUCUGCAUGCCUUGUUUCAAAGCUUGAUGAUGUUGGCGCUGCCCUUCUGCACACACCUGGAAAUCCCACACUACUUCUGUGAACCUAAUCAGGUGCUUCAACUCACCUGUUCUGAUGCAUUUCUUAAUGAUCUGGUGAUAUACUUUACACUUGUGCUGCUGGCUGCUGUUCCUCUUGCUGGCAUCUUCUAUUCUUACUUCAAGAUAGUGUCCUCCAUAUGUGCCAUAUCAUCAGUUCAUGGGAAGUACAAAGCAUUCUCCACCUGUGCAUCUCACCUUUCAGUCGUGUCUUUAUUUUACUGCACAGGGCUAGGAGUGUACCUCAGUUCUGCUGCAAACCACAGCUCACAGGCAAGUGCUACAGCCUCAGUCAUGUACACUGUAGUUACCCCUAUGGUGAAUCCUUUUAUCUAUAGUCUUAGGAAUAAAGAUGUUAAGAGUGCCCUGAAAAAACUCUUUGUGAGGAAGUUAUAGGGAGUGCCACCUUCCUUACUUCAUUUCCUCCUAGCGUUACAUCAUCUCCUUUGUUUUCCUUUCUGU